AUGGUUGGCGGUCGAGCAAGUUUCACAUUAUCAUCAUAUUUAGAGGAACAAAAUCGAAAUAUUAGUAAUUCUUAUUACACACAAUCAUUCCAGGAACAGGAUCAAGUUGAUGGAUUUAUACGCAGCAGUAAACUAAUUAAAAUUAUAGAGACUGUAGCCGAAAAUUUUAUUAAAAAUUGUCGGUCAUCGAAAAGUCCUGAAAACAUCUUUAAUGCCAUUGUUAUUAAACUUCCAUUCGUUUACUGUGAUUUUUUGAAUCAUCCUUUGGACUUGCUGCAUUUUGUAAUUGAAGAACCAGUUCAGUUUGCUAACGCUGUUAAAUAUUGUGUGUUUGCUUUAUUGCGGGAUAUUCUUAAAGAUUUAUUUAAUACUGCCGACAUCAACAAUAUAACAAAUAUUGAUAUUGAGCAAGUUCACAUACUUAUACGUUUUGUGGGCUUACCUCUUCAACAGGAUUUGUGUUUUCAACCCCAUUUAAACACGUAUCCAAUAGGUCUUACUGAAGUUAUUGGUAUACUGUCUGCAUUGACGGAGCCUGAAAAAGUUGUGUGA